GUGCGUCGUGGAAGAUCGACAUUUUUAUUUAUGAAGACAAUCAUCUGGAGACAUGUCGACUAGAGGAACGAACAGUGUAGACAACUGUACGUCGUAUGAGGCCGUGCUGGCUUCGAUCCAUCGAGAUAUCUAUCAAGUAUUUAGCCAAUAAUUCUACGAAGACAAACUUUUAAAACAAAAUAAUGUAGUUCAUUUUGAAGCUCAGACAAUUCUCUACCUUUCGACAUACAAAACAUUCCGGGUUUGAGCCCAGAGGGAAAAGCCCACUUCGUGGAGUGUUGGAGUCGCUUGGAGUGCCGUGGACUUACGGAAAUUUAAGAAAUUUUACCCACCUCAGCUAAACCUCGCUACAUCAAAAGCUUCUGGCUUCUGUUCUCUUACGGGCUAGGCCUAUAAAAGUUCGAUUCAAGUUCCAAUCGCAGAACUGUUGAACAGUUCUUUUGAAAGGAACUGACUUGUAUAAGCAAUUCUUUUGAAAGAACUCAUUCAUCCGAACAGUUCUUUUGCGCGGAACUAAACUACUCAAAAUUUUAUAAAUUGAUAUAUAAAAAUAAUCAUAGUUUCUUUGACAAAUAGAAAAUAGGAAUAGUAAAUGCAGAAUUGAAAGGGCUACAAACUACGUUGUUUCAACCUUUAAGUUUAAAAGACUUACUAUCACAAUGCAAAAUUUUUCAACGUGAAAUUUCGAAAAAAAUUAAAGGAGUCGGAUGGGAUAGACAUACGCACCAAUCCACUCAGUCUUUUAUCCUGAUUCCGAAUAUGAUACUGACAACCCCACUAGACUAUUUGGCUAGUGUUUCUAUGCUUCGUCGUCCCACUGGAAGCUGAUCCCUCAUGUGAAAAAGCUGGUGCGUCGUGGAAGAUCGACAUUUUUAUUUAUGAAGACAAUCAUCUGGAGACAUGUCGACUAGAGGAACGAACAGUGUAGACAACUGUACGUCGUAUGAGGCCGUGCUGGCUUCGAUCCAUCGAGAUUUUACUGAAAUAGAUGUUGUACGACGAAGCAUCUGUGAUGGUGACCCAUUCUCAAUUCAAUCACUUGAUGACUCUACUCACCCUGUAAGAAAUAAUACCCGCGACCGGCCUCUCUCUUGUCCAGAGAUGGAGGUUGUCGGCCCGAGUGACAGAAUUGUAAUUAUGCAUAUCUUUACUAGUGUCGUAAAACACAAGAAGAGUAGAUUGUGCCUCCAGGAUCUUUCCUUGUACUGUUCAUCUUCUUGCUGACUUUUAUUGAUUUAUUUUUUGUGUGGAAAGGAAAAGAAAGAAUAUUGAAAGAAGAAACAAUAAGCACGUAUCAGUAUUAUGUGUUUUAGACAGUAACAAGGUAGUUGUCCAUUAACUACUGAUUUUAGUUUAAGCAUGUCUUAUUUCAUUGUGAUGUUUCACGUCAUUCGUUCUUUCGUUCGUUUUUUUCCACCUUAGAAAAAUUUUUAACAGAGUAAAUAGCAAACGAUGCGUAAUCAAGCAGGAUCACAUCGUUGUUCUUGCGCCGGUUUUUUUCAUCUUAAAAUAAUUUUUGCAACGGUGUAACAUUUUAUCUUUGUUUAUAAUUUGUAAACAAAGAAAAUUUUUAAUGAUCCAAUACAUGGUUCCAUUGAAUUAAAUUCUUUAUUAGUUAAAAUAAUUGAUACACCACAGUUCCAGCGUCUAAGACGUAUCAAACAACUGAGUGCAACUGAUUAUGUAUUUCCAGGCGCAUCCCAUAAUCGAUUUGAACAUUCAAUUGGCACCUGUUAUAUAGCUGGUGAAUUGUUAACAUUGUUGCAACAGCAACAGCCACAUUUAGACAUAACAGAUCAAGAUAGAAUAUGCGUACAAAUAGCUGCUUUAUGUCAUGAUCUUGGGCAUGGUCCGUUCUCACAUUUAUUUGAAGAUGUUAUAAGAGAAACGAGACCUGAUAGAAACUGGACACAUGAAGAAGCAUCGAUUAAACUGUUCGAUUACCUAACUGAUCAAAAUAAUCUGAAACCAAUGCUAAGUCAAUAUAAGCUUGAUGAUACUGAUAUUAUAUUCAUUAAAGAAUUGAUUGCAGGCCCAUUACCAGAAUUCAAUGGAAAGAUUGUUUCAAAUAGACGAACUGGAAUUGAUGUUGACAAAUUUGAUUACUUUGUACGUGAUUGUCGACAAUCAGGAGUAUUACACUCAUUUGAGUAUAAGCGUUUUAUGAAAUUCUAUCGUGUUUUACAAUUGGACAACGGUACAAGAGAAUUAUGUAUUCGAGACAAAGAAGUGAGAUCGUGUUAUGAUUUGUAUCGGACAAGAGCUGAGAUACAUCAAGCUGUACAACAUCCGGUUGUGAGAGUACGAGACUGUGUAUGGCAUGGCACAGCAUCAUAG